CACAGCUGGAGUUGCUACUCACGCUAUCUGUCCUUUUCGUUCCAGCCCAGAACAGCCAUUUCACCGUGACUUGGCAGAUGUGGUGGUCUCGUGGUCUGCUGAUAAAAGGUGAAACUCACUUGUGGUAGUCAGAUGUUAACUAGUGUGUUAGGGAGGCAAUUCACCAGAAAAUUUGCAAGCAUGGCUCCUACCAUGCAUAAGUUCGAUUAUCUUGUUAUUGGUGGAGGGUCUGGUGGCAUUGCCAGUGCAAGAAGAGCUGCUGAAUUUGGUGUGAAAGUUGGAUUGAUUGAAAAUUCAGCUCUUGGAGGAACAUGUGUGAAUGUUGGAUGCGUGCCAAAGAAGAUCAUGUUCAAUGCUGCUAUGCAUGCAGAGGCACUACAGUACCAUAAGGACUUUGGGUUUGAUGUUGCUCCAGCACCCUUCAACUGGGCAGAGGUGAAGAAAAAGAGGGAUGCGUACAUUCAAAAGCUGAAUGGCAUUUAUGAAAACAACCUGAACAACUCCAAGGUGGAGAUAAUCAGAGGAAAAGCCAUGUUUGUUGGUGAGAAAACUGUGGAAGUCAAUGGUCAGACCUACUUUGGGGAACAUGUGCUGAUUGCCACUGGAGGCAGGCCAUCAGAUCCAGGUGCCCCAGGAGCUGAAUAUGGAAUCAACAGUGAUGGGUUCUUUGAGCUGGAGCACCUACCUAAGCGAAGUUUUGUAGUCGGUGCUGGCUAUAUUGCAAUUGAGAUGGCCGGCAUCCUCAAAACCCUUGGCUCGGAUGUCACCUUGAUGAUCCGACACGAAAAGGUCCUGAGAACAUUUGACAGCCUGAUCAGUGAUGUCAUCACAGAUGAGCUGGAGCACAUCGGCAUCAACAUGCUGAAGAACGAUGGCUUUGUCAGAGCAACCAAGGAUGACCAGGGCACGCUCACUGUCACCACCAAGAAUGGACACAGCAUCUCGGGAGUGGACUGUCUGCUGUUCGCCAUCGGACGUGACCCGAACGUGGAGCUGGACCUGGACAAGACCGGCGUCACCCUGGAGAAGGGUCACAUCAAGGUGGACGCCUUCCAGAACACCUCGGCACCGGGCGUGUACGCGCUGGGCGACGUGUGCGGCCGCGCGCUGCUCACCCCCGUGGCGAUCGCCGCCGGCCGCCGCCUGGCGCACCGGCUGUUCGACGGCAAGACGGAUCUGAAGCUCGACUACAACAACAUCCCGUCUGUGGUGUUCUCGCACCCGCCGAGCGGCUCGGUCGGGCUGACUGAGCGCGAGGCGCGCGACAAGUUCGGCGACGCGGCCGUGCGCGUGUACCGCAGCUCGUUCGCCCCACUCUACUACGCGCUGAGCGAGCGCAAGGUGAAGACGCACAUGAAGCUGGUGUGCGCCGGCGACGAGCAGCGCGUGGUUGGCCUGCACAUGGUCGGCCAGGCCGUGGACGAGAUGCUGCAGGGCUUCGCCGUGGCGGUGAAGAUGGGCGCCACCAAGGCGCAGUUCGACGACUGCGUGGCGAUCCACCCGACCUCGGCCGAGGAGCUGGUCACCAUGCGCUGAGCGGCGCCGGCGGCGAUGGGUGCUUCUACGGAGUACAGAGCCCUGCUGGGUGCCGUCGUGGUGCUGAUUUGAUCAGGAGUCAGGACCAGAAGAUAUAGGUACCUAUCCUUGGGAAACUCGAUAUGAGAAUAGAUGGCACACUUAUGACUAGAACAAAAUUGAAAUGCAUUGGUAUUUUGUUGUGUAGUAACAACUGCAUAGUAUCUGUCCUCUUGUGCCUUGGCGUUGUUAGAUGAGAGUGACCUCCAUACUGGAGUUGGAUAGCAUCUUAUUGAUGCUGCAUGUAUGUGAAUAUGUAGCUGUUGGUUUUUGGGAUCGGUUAGGAGAAGAUACGUUUUCCGAGUGAAAUGGCUUUGAAUAAUAUCGUUAUAUUUUGUAUGCCUUAUUAUUGUAUACUGCUCAUUGUUUCUCAUCUGGCUAAUAAAGGAUUCUGGAUAUAUGUGUAGAAUAAAUGUGUACCCGACAAAUUA